AAAAAAAAAAACACGAACAAGACAGUGAAUACCGGAAGAACAGAAUUGUAGAAACACAAACCCUAAAGAACAGUAGAAGCAGAAAAAUGGAUAUUGGAAAAGUAGGUGAGCUGAAAGAAUUCAUAGAAGCAUGCAAGUCAAAUCCUUCUCUUCUUCACACUCCUUCCCUUUCAUUCUUCAAAACUUAUCUUCUCAGUUUGGGUGCCAAUAUCCCUCCACAACCCAAAACGGAACCUGUUGUUGUUGAUGAUCAUGACAUUAUAGAAUCUGAUAUUGAAUUGGAUAACACUGAUCUUGUUAAACCUGAUAAUGACCCUCCUCAAAAGAUGGGAAAUCCUUCUGCUCAAGUAACGGAAGAUCAGAGAGAUGCUGCUCAACUCGCAAAGUCAAAAGCACUUGAUGCUUUAUCACAAGGCUAUUUUGAUCAAGCCCUAGAUUUACUCACAGAAGCCAUUUUGUUGAAUCCGCAUUCCGCCAUACUUUAUGCCACUAGAGCUAGUGUGUUUAUUAAGUUGAAGAAACCAAAUGCUGCUAUUCGUGAUGCUGACACUGCCUUGAAGAUUAAUCCUGACUCGGCGAAAGGGUAUAAAAUACGGGGAUUGUCAAGGGCUAUGUUGGGACUCUGGAGAGAAGCACUCAGUGAUCUUCAUGUGGCUUCAAAGAUAGACUAUGACGAAGAGAUUGGUGUGGCACUUAAAAAGGUUGAGCCUAAUGUCCACAAAAUUGAGGAGCAUAGGAGAAAAUAUGAACGCUUACGGAAGCAGAAGGAGCAGAAAAAAGCUCAACCCAAGAAGCAACCACAAGAUGAAGCUCAAGAUAAAGACGCAUUCUCUGCUUUAAAAGAUGGGAAAGUGAUUGGUAUUCACUCUGUUGGUGAACUGGAAACAAAGUUGAACGCUGCAACAAAGACAUCUCGGUUGGCAAUCCUGUACUUUACUGCAACAUGGUGUGGUCCUUGUCGCCACAUUUCACCACUUUAUACAAGCUUGGCUGAGAAGUAUCGGAGAGUGGUUUUUUUAAAAGUUGAUAUAGAUGAAGCAGUGGAUGUUGCUGCACGCUGGAAGAUUAGCAGCGUUCCAACAUUUUUCUUUGUAAAAAAUGGCAAAGAGGUCGACAGUGUGGUGGGGGCUGACAAAAAUACACUUGAAAGGAAGAUUGCUCAACAUGCCGACCCUCUUUAAGUUCUUACCUUAGUACACUAUGAUGCUAUAUCGUUUCCAUGCCGUCUCUUCUGUUUACAUGCCCAUAGCGUCUUACAAAAUUGAGAGUUUCACAUAUGUUUGAUAUUUCUUUUCGAUACUGGUUUAACAACUGUAAUAAUGGAAAAAUAUAUAUAUUACGCAUGAGAUGGUUACUUAUUUUGAGAGUUGUUGAAUUAUAAUGUUUAGUUUUAUUUGGUCUUUUUUUAGA